UAAAUUUUGGCAACGAGACACCUUCCCGGUUGAAAUAUAGGCGUCCCUUAGGUUCUAUUAAUACCUUUGAAAGACGAUGUAUUCGGUUUUGCUCAUCGUCAGGCGGCUGAGUCGGACUUACAGGCUCAGUGGCAAAGGGAAUCGCUUGAAAUCAGGCAUGACUUGGACCACCGAAGACUCAGGCUAUGAAGAUGACUUGAAGAUGGAAGACGGAGCACCUUCGAUGCAGAUGCGAGCCUGUCUUGCACCUACAUUUGUAGACCAUCUAUGCGAGCUGAACAUAGAUUCCAAGGCCUCUUAUGUGAGGAAUACCAGCAUCAUUUGCACAAUAGGGCCCUCUUCAGCCAGCAUCUCUGUUUUGGAAAAGAUGAUUGAUACUGGUAUGAACAUUGCUCGUUUGAACUUUUCCCACGGUAGCCACGAUUACCAUGCGAAUACGAUCAAGAAUAUAAGGGAAGCUGUACAAAAUUACAGCACAAAGAGUGGAAGCCUUGUAUCGAUCGGCAUCGCUUUGGACACAAAGGGGCCUGAAAUACGAACUGGGAUCCUAGAAGAUGGUCCCAAUGCAGAGAUCGAGCUUGUAAAAGGAGACACAGUGCGAAUUACAACAGAUAAACAAUUUGCCGAAAAAUGUACAAAGAAAGACAUUUUUGUUGAUUACCCAAAUAUCACUAAAGUUACCAAACCCGGUGCUACAAUAUUCAUCGAUGACGGCCUUAUUUCGCUUGUCGUUAAACAAACUGUUGGAAACAGUUUAGCUUGCAAAGUCGAAAACGGUGGAAUGCUUGGCAGUAAAAAAGGUGUCAACCUUCCUGGAAUUCCUGUUGAUCUUCCAGCUGUUUCUGAAAAAGAUAGAAAUGACCUUUUGUUCGGUGUACAGCAGGGAGUAGACAUGAUAUUUGCAUCGUUCAUUAGAAAUGGAUCGGCUGUAAAUGAAAUAAGAGAAAUUCUCGGUGACGCCGGUCGAAACAUCCUUAUCAUUGCCAAAAUUGAGAAUCACCAGGGAAUGAAAAAUUUGGAUGAAAUCAUUGAAGCUGCUGAUGGAAUAAUGGUUGCUAGAGGUGACCUCGGUAUUGAAAUCCCUCCUGAAAAGGUCUUCUUGGCUCAAAAAUGCAUGAUAGCCAGAUGUAAUAAGGUUGGUAAGCCAGUAAUUUGUGCUACCCAAAUGUUAGAGUCCAUGAUAAAAAAGCCGAGACCGACAAGAGCUGAGAGCUCGGAUAUCGCUAAUGCCGUUUUGGACGGAGCUGACUGCGUCAUGCUCUCCGGUGAAACUGCUAAAGGUGAAUAUCCCAUCGAAUGCGUCAAAGUCAUGAACAACAUAUGCAAAGAGGCCGAAGCAGCAAUCUGGCACAAGCAACUGUUUUCUGACUUGGCUAGCAAGGUUGUACCACCGAUAGAUGCUACUCACAGUGUGGCAAUUGCUGCCGUAGAGGCCUCAGCCAAAGCCUUGGCAUCGGCAAUUCUGGUUAUAACAACCAGUGGACGCUCGGCUCAUUUGAUUUCAAAAUAUAAACCCAAGUGUCCGAUCAUCGCUGUCACCAGGCAUCCUCAAGUAGCUCGGCAAGCCCACUUAUAUAGAGGGAUAAUGCCUGUGCUUUUUGAAAAACCACUUCUGCCGGAUUGGAAGCAGGAAAUGGAUUCAAGAAUAAAAUUUGGGAUUUCUCUUGCGGUCAAGAGGGGUAUAAUACAAAAUCGUGAUUUGUUAACUGUGAUUAAGGGUUGGAAGCAAGGUUCCGGUUAUGCAAACAGUUUAAAACUUGUUCGCGCAGUUGAUGAGGAGGAGAAGGUGAUGGAAGAUGGAAGCAGCUGUUCUAUAGAAACAAAUCAAAACUAACUUGUCCGUCCCACAAAAAUAAUAAUAAUUUAAAAACACAUUAAAUUUGCCUUAUACUAUUUUCGUAUGAUAUAAUUUUCAAUUAAGUACCUUAACAAAUGUUCACAUUUGAAAACUACCAUAAAGUUUGGUUUUUGAAUGACAAAGAAGGAUUUACAAGCAUUAAACAUUACAAAUUGUUUUUAAAAUUAUGGCGACAAUGUCUGACACUCAUCCAUGCUCUUUUUCUCAUAGCACCUAUAGUUACUCGUGGGGGUAAAUUGGUUUUGUGUUUAUCAGAUACUUCAAGGAUUUUAAUCCUUAAAUCUUCAGCUCUGUUCACUACUAAACUACAUCUACACCCAACAAUUGCAUGCCUGGUUGAACUAGUAAUAUCUCAUUUAAAGAUUGGUAGGGGAGGAGUCAUCUCGUGGCCACCUUGUUCCCCUGAUGGUAUUGUCAUGGAUUUCUAAAUUUGAAGAUUCCUUAAAGAGGUGUUGUUCAGUAGUAAAUCAAGUGGUGUUGAAUCCACAACAGUGAUGAUAGAUAUUUGAGUUUUUCUCAAGUAACGUAAUGUUUCCGUGAAAAAAUUUACAAAAAAUCGUAACUCAGGGUCUGAAUAUGGGUAUAGGAACUAUAUGUUAGAAGUUGUUAAUAGAGUGUAUUAUUACCCAAAAAUUAUUACUCUGGGACACCCUGUAUGUUAGAUUUUAGGAAGAAAGAAAUAUUACAAUUCACAGUAUUUCUCACUCAGACAGACAGACAAACAGAAUAAGAUACAAUAAGAAAUAAAAAAUAAAAUGAAUGAUUAAUUUUUGAAACAACUAUUGUAAAGGGGUGUCGGAACCUGAAUAGUUAAACUGUUGACAUGGCGCUCGUCA